UUUCAGAGUUGUACGAUGAUGUACUGGAAAUAUUGCAAAAAUUCGUCACAAAUGUGGAAGAAUUCCUUUCAACAAAAUCAACGAAUUUAUCAUUUAAUGAUCGACCGGAUGAAGCAAUAAAUAUUACCGAAAAUUUCUCUCGUCACAUGGCUAAUAAUCUUGGUGGUAACAAACCAGAUAUUUUUCGUUACUUAGAACGAAUAAGAAGAGUCAACAUCGAUAGUCUUAAUCAUUGGAAUCAAUUAGAAGAUGGAGCGUCAUUAUUUGGGCUUGUUAAGCAUCAAUUUGUUGCAAUAAACUCCAAUAUGGCAGCUAAACUCUCAAAACUUCAAUCUGGCGAGCUGACGAUGUUGGAGUUUUUACAAACAGCUAUUGAAGCCAAUCUUAAUGACGAAAUUAUCUUCCAGCUGAAUUCGACUCAGUGUAAGAAUUUUUUAGCAUUUUCUAAUUUUUUAAUUAACUGA